CGCACUUGAAAUUCCACACCCAUUUAUGCCAUAAUCCUCAGUAAAUACAUCCAAACUCAGCCAUGUCACCACUACCCAUUCUUCUACUCCGUGCCAUCCUGGCCCUCAUUUUCGUGCUCACAACUUCUCAUCCUCUUGCCAGACAUUCUUAUGUCACUGCUAGAAGUAGUUUCAUUGGAAACUAUGAUCGAACCGCAGCUAGGGGUGAGGUGGAGGCACUCUUGAAAUGGAAAUCCAGUCUCAAAGGCCAAGGCCUGCCUCUCUUGUCCUCGUGGAAUGCUACCAUCCCAUCCUGCAGCUGGGUGGGGAUAUCAUGCGAUAGUUCUCAAAGAAUCGUGAGCUUGAACAUGUCUGGCUACAAUCUUAGUAACGGCAUAGAGAUAUCAUGGCAGAAGGCUUUCAGGAGCGAAAUCCGAGCUUUGACAGAGAUCCGACACCGUAACAUUGUCAAACUAUAUGGCUUUUGCUCAUCGUCGAGGCACUCGUUUCUUGUGUACGAGUACUUGGAAGGUGGGAGCCUAGAAAAUCUUUUGAGCGACCAUGAGACUGCAGCACGAUUUGGGUGGCUCGAGCGUAGGAAUGUGGCAAGAGGCGUGGCAGAUGCACUGUGCUACAUGCACCAUGACUGUUCUCCGCCAAUAAUUCACCGCGACGUUUCCAGCAAAAAUAUUCUUCUCGAUGUGGAGUAUGAGGCUCGUGUCUCGGACUUUGGGACAGCAAGAUUUAUGAAACCAGAUUCAUCAAAUUGGACUUCAUUUGCCGGCACAUUUGGAUAUGCUGCUCCAGAGCUUGCAUACAACAUGGAGGUAAACGAGAAGUGCGAUGUCUACAGUUUUGGAGUCGUAACCCUAGAGUUAAUCAUGGGAAGACAUCCGGGGGAUCUCAUAUCAUCCUCUCUUAGUAGUGUUUAUCAUAUGCAACUCAAGGAGAUAUUGGACCGGCGUAUUCCAUAUCCCAAAGAUGAAAUUAUGGCUGAUUUGAUCUCUAUCCUAGAUAUAGCAUUUUCGUGCUUAAGCUAUAGGCAGAAGUCCCGUCCCAGUAUGAAGCAAGUUUCUCAAGGUUUAUCCACUCGAAGAUCGAGCGUGCCUGAUUAUUCUUUGGAGAUCAAUCUUGGAGAAUUAUUCAAUUUGAGAGGCUUGAUUUCGUGAAAGUUUCCUCGUUAGCCCAUUCAAAGUUUCAUGUUUAAGCUGCAGCCUAAAUUCACAUCCAAGUUCGCAGCAAGUUUAUCAACGUGUCUACAUGCUCAAAGAUCCACCGCGGCUGACUGGUUCUUGGAGAUCAAUCUAGGAGAAGUAUUAAGUUCAUUUUAGGGACUUGAGUUCGCGAAACUUUGAUCAUGUAUGUAGUUUCUUUGCUAUUUAAUUAAUGAUGGAACCCAUUCCGUGCUGGGAUCUUGUAAUUUUUGCAUUUCCUUUGGUACUGUUUUCUCCUUGCUUCCUCCCGGUCGGAUGGUUAUGCUGGUGAUCAUAAUGUAUUGAUAGGCAUAUACAAUAUUGGUAUACAUAUCUUCUAUUGCAUUUCAUAUAUUUCAGUAAUAGUAGAGGUUUUGCCUGCAACCCGAUAUUUUGAGAAGCAGAGUUGGUAAAUCCUCUGCCUUCCGGAAUUUCUACGCUUGAAUGGUAACGAGUGCGAUCUAAGUGAUCUCAUCUAUGUUUCUCCCCACUGGAUUUACUUCAUGAGGGUUAAAGGAGCGUUUAUUCAUGAAUUCUCCAACAGCUCGAUAACAAGUUUACUCAAUGCACAAUAGGAAGAACUUUAAUAGCUACCUUGCCCUUCUCCUUCAUCUCCUUCACCUUCUUCCUCAAUUCCUCCCUAGUCUCA